CCGUACAGCCAUUCGGUGCCCUGCACGAUCCGAGCUGACGUUUGACUGGGCCGCGCUGGAAGAAUUCCAACAUCAGCCGACCAGCGACUGGCGAAGACGCAGGGCCACCGCAGCGGCAGAUGUGAUUAAAUAGCUGGAUUGCUCGGACGUGGUCAUUUCUAGUUCGCAGAUUUAUUCCGUUGAUGUCCGUCCUGCCCUGCAUUUGCUGUUGCAAAAACAGGCCCCUGUGUAUCAAUCAUGGACCGAGUACGAAAUCUAGAGACCGAGUCAGGACCCCGAUAUAACGAAAGCGUCGAGCACGUCCGAGAGGUCGAAUACCCUACACUGAGGGAUGUCAUAUACCUUGACCACGCGGGAUCGACGGUAUAUGCGCGGUCACUAAUCCGGUCGUAUGCUCUGGACCUCCAGACGAGUCUGUAUGGGAACCCCCAUUCAGAUAAUACUCCAUCACGCGUAUCUGGGGCUCGAGUAGACGCUAUUCGCGUGCAGCUUCUGCACUUCUUCGGCGCAGAUCCUAGAGACUUUGACCUGGUCUUCACAGCCAAUGCCACCGCUUCCAUCAAACUGGUGGGCGAGUGCAUGUCCAGCUAUACUCGGUCACAAAAGGCGUCGCGUUUCAGCAAACGCCGCGGCUUCAACUAUGUGUACCACCAAGAUGCCCAUACCAGCCUGGUAGGCUUGCGGGAAAUUGCUACCGGUCAGAGUAUGUGCUUGCGAGGAGAUGCAGCCGUCGAGGAGUGGAUCGAUUGGGGAAAGACGCCCAGUCAGAGAGACGUGACGCUGUUCGCAUAUCCGGGGCAGAGCAACAUGACCGGCCGACGAACGCCGCAAUCUUGGCCGGGGCGGGUUCGUCAGAACCAUAGGAACACAUAUGUCCUGUGGGAUGCUGCGGCGUAUGCCUCAACCUCUCCAUUAUCCCUGCCUGAUGCCGAGUCUGCGCCUGAUUUCACUGUCGUCUCGCUAUACAAGAUUUUUGGAUACCCAGACGUUGGCUGUUUAAUUGUGCGCAAGGCGGCUGCGGCAGUUCUCCAGCAACGGCGGUACUUUGGUGGUGGCACUGUCGACAUGGUUGUGAAUUCUCCGUCUCCCAAUAUCUCUGCCUGGCACGCACUCAAGUCAGAGUCAUUGCAUGACAUUCUCGAAGACGGAACCCUCAACUUCCACUCGAUCGCCGCCAUACCCCAUGCGGUCGAGACACACACGCAACUAUUCGGCAGUAUGAACAAGGUUUCUUCGCAUUGCGCAUAUCUGGCGGCAUAUCUAUACAGACAAUUAGUGCUCUUACGUCAUUCUAACAACGCCCCAGUCUGCAGGAUCUACACUGGCUCGCAGAAGCCCGGCUUCGGAAACGUCUCACUGCAAGGGCCUACCGUUGCCCUAUCUGUCCUCGACCCAUCAGGAACGAUCCAUGGCUAUGCAGAAGUCGAAAGACACGCAGACAAGGACCGGAUAUACCUCCGCAGCGGGAGCGUAUGCAAUCCAGGGGGCAUGGCGCACCUCGGCUGGCUGAGGAUGGACGAUAUGAGAGCCGCCUGGGACGCCGGACACCGAUGCUCUCAUCCUAUUCAGGAGGUGGACGGGAAACCGACCGGAAUCGUAAGGGUGAGCCUGGGGGCAAUGAGCACAAUAGCUGAUAUUGAGGGUUUUGUCGCUUGGUUAAAGAGGAACUACGUGGAUCGAUACAUUGGCCUCCCCUACUCGGAGAAGUCAAGUGGGUCGAUGUCCAAGAGUUCGCUGGAUAUAGGCAUGGAAGAGCAGAGGCCAGCUAGACCGAAACGUCCAUGGGUGAGGACGGUGGCAGGACGCUUUCGAAUGUUACUCUGUUGAGGUUGAUUGAUAUAUUAACACGUCGAGGGGGUGGAAUAGGAUAUCCAAUUGAGUAUAUAGAUGGUCUAGAGUGAUACCCUUCGGGGGUUGUGUAUAGGUAUAUUCGGCCUUUCCUCAAGAGCUCCAGAUAUAGCAC